AGGUUAUUCACCGCGCUUAAUGACGCGCGGAUAUUAGGCUGUCCGUAAAUAUGCCUGAACGGAAAAGCUGCACAGGACCCCGAUUCCGCGUCUGUCCUUAUUUACACCACUGAUUGAUCAAACAAAAUGACUGUGGAGGUCGAGAGAAAAUUCGUCUGUGAUGCAAAAAUUAUGGGGAAACUGCAAGAUAUCGGAGCUGAAUGCAUUGGCGAGCGGCGGUUCCGAGACCAGUACUUCGACUCCCCAGAUUUCAUCCUCACGCUACAGGAUUUCUGGCUGCGACGCCGAGAGGGAUCGUGGGAGUUGAAAUGCCCUACAGUUUCAGGAACUGCACCCGACAAAGACACCGAGACCCUUUGCACACGAUACAGAGAGAUAACCAGUCUUCCUCUGAUUCAAUCAGAAGUCAGCAGGAUAAUCAGGGAACGCACCGCUGAGGGGAGUGAAUCAAAUUCCUCACAAAGGGAACAAAUUGACAAAGUCUCAGAAAAUGAGGACACGGAGAUCUGCUCGGCAAAUGACACAAAGUGGCUGAAUAACCUCAAUCUGGCGUGUUUCGCCGAGUUCAAGACCGAGCGCCGCUCUUGCACGAUAGAGAGGGAGGCCGGCGCAGUGCGGGUGGAUCUGGACCAGGCUGAUUUCGGAUAUUGUGUGGGAGAGAUUGAGGUUCUCGUGCCUGAAGGAGGUGACAUGAAUGCAGCUCUGCAGAGGAUUACAGGCGUUGCUGUAGAACUGGGUUUAAGCAGUGAGACGAAAGUAAAAGGGAAAAUGGAUAUUUACCUUCAACGAUAUCGACCUGAACACUAUGAAAAGCUUCUUAUUGCUCAUAUUUUAUGAGGAAUCACUAGUGUAACAUAUCAUUUGUAGUUUUUAAAUUCUAUUUAAAGUAUGAUCUGUCCUUAAUGCUCAAUGUGAUUAUAGGAAGUUAAAUAUCAGUUAAAAAGACAUCUAAUUAAACAUAUGAAUACCUCA